AUGGAGACUUUCGAUCUGGUCAUCGUUGGUGCAGGAUGGCAUGGACUGGCGAUGGCAAAGACGUACACCGAGGUCUGUCCAGACGCUACUUUGCUCAUCAUAGACUCUGCCAUGUCCAUCGGCGGAACGUGGGCCAAAGAACGCCUGUACCCUGGCCUCAAAACAAACAACAUCAUCGGCUCGUACGAAUUCGGAGACUUUCCUAUGACGCCUGAGAAGUUCGGUGUCGAGCCAGGACGGCAUAUCCCCGGUAGCGUCGUGCAUGAAUAUCUGUGUCAGUUCGCUGAUCAUUUCGGUCUGGGGUCGCGGUUGAGGCUUCAGGCUAACGUCGAAUCUGCAGAGCUGCAAGAGACCGGGGAGUGGCUGCUUCGAAUAAGUGGCCAAGCCAGAAACGAUAGGGCGUCAUCCCUGAAGGCAAAGCGGCUUGUUGUGGCUACGGGCUUGACCUCUGACCCAUACGUGCCCAACUAUGCUGGAAGGGAGAGUUUCACGGGGAACUUCCUUCAUUCCCGCCAGUUAAGAGAUCGUGCAAAAGAUAUCGAGGCGUCAAAAGAGGUCGUGGUAGUUGGAGCCAAUAAGUCGGCAUGGGACGUCUGCUAUACUGCUGCGACCUCGGGAGCCCAUGUCAACAUGGUGAUCAGACCAGGAGGGGGCGGUCCCAGUUGGGUAUGGCCGGUCAUGUUCUCUCCUCUGAAGCUCUCGAUCCAAAGAAUGGCAACCACAAGAUUCUUCACACUGUUUGAGCCCUGCAUCUGGGCCGAGGGGAGCGGCUUCAACCCAGCCCGGAGAUUCCUGCACCACACCUGGCUUGGUCGACAGUUGGUAAAGUUGUUCUGGAAGGUGAUAACGAAUCCCGUGCUCUCAGCGAACGGGUACCACCAGCAUCCGGAGCUGAGAAAACUAAAACCCUGGGCGUCAAUGUUCUGGAUGGGCAAUUCCUUAGGCGUUCACAAUUAUGAAACGAACUGGUUCGAACUGGUGAAGCAAGGAAGGGUAACUGUCCAUGUGGCUGACGUAACAUCUCUGGCCGGCGAUGAGGUCCUUCUUUCAAAUGGCGACGUCCUUCACGCUGACACCUUCGUCUGUUGCACCGGCUGGAGGGCCGCUCCGCCGAUCAAGUUCAUGCCACCAAGUGCGGCAGCGCAACUCGGACUUCCAGGACAAGAAAAGGCCGAGACUACGCAUCUCGUCAAGCUUGCCGAUGAGGAGGUUUUCAGAGCUGUGCCAGGACUUCGCUCAGGUCCCCUAAAGGUUCUGCCGGAUGGAUCAGGACCGACCAAUCUCUCAAGGGAUCUCCUGGGGCAUGGGCCGUAUCGGUUGUACCGUUUCAUGGUGCCGCCAGCAAAGCCUUUUCUGGACCAACGUAACAUCGCUUUCAUCGGCGCUCACCUUGCUCUCAAUGCCAUCACGGUCGCGCAAGCUCAAGCGCUGUGGAUAACGGCAUUCUUCCAACAUGAGAUCACAGGAUUAAACUCUUCCAAAAGCGCACACCAAGAUAUUGAAUACCAAACAGUCCUCCAAAGUGAAUACUGUCGGUGGAGACACCCACCUGCUGGCGGAGGCGCAGGCGAGAGAUGUCCAGAUCUUGUCUUCGACGGGUUGCUGUACACAGACUUGCUGCUCCGAGAUAUUGGCAUAGAGAACUUUAGAAAGCGUAAUAUCUGGCAGGAACUGUUCGAUCGCUAUUUGCCCAAGGACUAUGCUGGUAUGACAUGGGCAUUGAUCGAUCGAAUGAGGCCCAACCAGCGACACCCGUAG